AUGUCAGCUAAGCUUCUAGUGGUUUUCUUCCUUCUGUCAGUGUUUCAAGCCUGCUCUAAAAAGGUUGAAGAGGAUGAAUAUGAAGAUGGAACGACUAACCAAAAAUGGGUAUUAGCUCCAAAAACACAGGACACAGAUGUGACUCUCAUACUAAACAAGCUGUUGAGAGAGUAUGACAAAAAGCUGCGGCCGGAUAUUGGAAUAAAACCAACAGUUAUUGAUGUUGACAUUUAUGUCAACAGCAUUGGUCCUGUAUCAUCAAUAAAUAUGGAAUAUCAAAUUGAUAUAUUUUUUGCCCAGACAUGGACAGACAGCCGUCUUCGUUUCAACAGUACCAUGAAAAUACUGACUCUGAACAGCAACAUGGUUGGUUUGAUUUGGAUACCAGAUACGAUAUUCCGGAAUUCCAAAACAGCAGAAGCUCACUGGAUCACUACCCCCAACCAGCUCCUCAGGAUAUGGAACGAUGGGAAAAUCUUGUACACUCUCAGGCUUACCAUCAAUGCUGAAUGCCAGCUGCAGCUACAUAAUUUCCCAAUGGAUGAACACUCAUGUCCAUUGAUAUUUUCUAGCUAUGGCUAUCCUAAAGAGGAAAUGAUUUACAGAUGGAGAAAAAAUUCAGUUGAAGCUGCUGACCAGAAAUCCUGGAGACUCUAUCAAUUUGAUUUUAUGGGUCUUAGAAACACUUCAGAAAUCGUGAAGACUUCUGCAGGUGAUUAUGUUGUCAUGACUAUAUACUUUGAUUUAAGUAGAAGAAUGGGAUACUUCACUAUCCAAACCUACAUUCCCUGUAUAUUAACAGUUGUUCUUUCCUGGGUAUCCUUUUGGAUUAAAAAAGAUGCCACACCAGCAAGAACAGCAUUAGGUAUUACCACAGUAUUGACUAUGACAACUUUGAGUACCAUUGCAAGAAAGUCAUUACCUCGUGUCUCCUAUGUCACCGCUAUGGAUCUGUUUGUGACUGUGUGCUUUCUAUUUGUCUUUGCUGCUCUGAUGGAGUAUGCAACCCUCAACUACUACUCAAGUUGCAGGAAACCAAACUGUACUAAGAAGAAAAAGUCGGUAAGAUGGGAUUAUCUUUUACUUUCUGUUGUGUGUAAUUAUUCUGUACUUGAUAUGAGACCACCAACUACAGUCAUCACAUUGAACAAUGCCAUGUAUUGGCAAGAAUUUGAAGAAGCAUGUGUCUAUGAAUGCCUGGAUGGGAAAGACUGCCAGAGCUUUUUCUGUUGCUAUGAAGAAUGUAAAUCAGGCUCAUGGAGGAGAGGACGGAUUCACAUAGACAUCUUAGAACUGGACUCUUACUCUAGGGUCUUUUUUCCUACAUCCUUCCUGCUGUUUAACCUGGUCUACUGGGUUGGAUACCUCUAUCUUUAA